AUGUUCGAGGAGCCCGAGUGGGCCGAGGAGCCCCCGGCCCCGGCCGCCCGCGCGCCCCCGACCCCGCGUGCCAGGGUCGGGCCGGCGGCGCGCGCCAAGGGCCCCAGCCGUCAAAGUCUCCAAGCUACAUUAAAGGCACUGCAGGCCGAGGCGCUGCCUUACCAACUCCCUAACCGAGAGGGCAAUGACUCCAACUCGGAUUCUGACCUUGGGGAGGAGAAGAGAAAAAAGAGGAAGAAGGCCCCCAAAGAGGCUCCACUUAAGGAAGAAAACUCAAAGCUACCAGCAGUCCAAGGAGUAAAAACUAAGAAAGAAGAGAGCAAAGGCUCUGGAGCCCCAAAGAAUGGUGAUCUGCCCUCUGUUCUUCCCCAGAAUGACCCAGGCCUCAGGAGGACCACCCUGGGCCCAGUGAAAGAUGGGAAUAAUACAGAGCCAAGACUGAGUCGGAAACAAUGGAGAAACCGUCAGAAAAACAAACGGAGACAGAAGAAUAAGUUUCUACCUCCAAAGCCACAGAGUGUUGCAGCUCCUGAGGAGGAGAACCCCUCUGGGCUGACAGAGAAAUGUGAGCCAGAGUUGGAAGCAGAGGAGCCAGGGGCAUCUCUGGACCGGGGUGGGAUGCUUCGGGCAAAGAUGAAGCAGCGGCUUGAGGGAGCUCGUUUCCGCUUCCUCAAUGAGCAGCUUUACUCUGUGACUAGCAGUGCUGCAAGCCACAUCUUCCAGGAAGACCCUGAGGCCUUUGAGCUCUAUCAUCGUGGCUUCCAGAACCAAAUAAAGCGAUGGCCCUUGAAGCCUGUGGACCGAAUCGUGAAAGACUUGAAACAGCGGCCAGCAUCCCUGGUUGUGGCAGAUUUUGGUUGUGGAGACUGUCACCUUGCCUCUAGUGUCAAGAACACUGUACACUGCUUUGACCUGGCUGCACUUGACCCCCGUGUCACAGUCUGUGACAUGGCCCAGGUGCCCCUCAAGGAUGAGUCUGUGGACGUGGCUGUUUUCUGCCUUUCAUUGAUGGGAACAAACCUGAGUGACUUCCUGAAGGAGGCAAACCGAGUACUGAAACCAGGAGGCAUGUUGAAAGUGGCCGAGGUAGCCAGCCGAUUUGUGGAUAUGAGGGGUUUCUUGGGAGCCUUAGCCCAGUUGGGCUUCAAGCUUGUUUCCAAGGAUCUGACCAACAGCUACUUCUACCUGUUAAAUUUCCACAAGAUAGGACCUCCCAAGGCUCAGGGUCCCCUUCGAGGCCUGACUUUGAGGCCAUGUCUGUACAAGCGCCGAUGACCCCGUAAAGCUCCUUUCUGCCUCCACCUUGCCUGAGGCAUCAGGAUUGAGCUACCGCUACAGCCCAACCAUGAGGCUUGACAGAAUAGGAGCUUGUGCACAGGAGCACUGUGAUAAAACAUGGACCAGGGCAGCAGGUGAGGACUCAGUUCGAAGACUGAGCUGACUUGUACAGAUGGACACUGGCAACAGGUUGGGGAGUUUUCAGAGGUAAUCCCUUGAUGUGGAUUCAAACCCUGACUGGAUCCCUGGCAACUCAAGACUGAUUAACUUCAUCUCCUUGGGCCUCUCUCUCCUCAUGAAUGGCUCUAAACUGUAAGAAUUGGGGAGGGGGAGGUGCAUUCCAACCCUUGUCCAGCUUUCCAUAUCUCAUUGAAGAAAUAAAGCUGUGGUGGAGUUUGA